AUGGCAGUAUCGGGGCGGAAAGCAGCCGACUUCCGGGGCUCAGUAUCAAGGGGGUCGGCAGAGGAAUUUGACCAUUGCUGUGAGCCAUGUCUUACAGAAGGACAGCAUAUCGAAGCAUUUCGUUACUGCGUCGACUGUCAGGAAUAUCUGUGCAAGAAUUGUGUUCGAUAUCACCAAAAGACCAAGGUUCUAAAACAUCACCAGCUGAUAGAAAAAGAUAAAGUAGACAGUCAAAAACCUGUGGCCAGUUCUUCAGAUACAAGCACUGAAAAGUGUUCCACUCAAACAGAGGAACUAGUCAAGUUUUUCUGCCCAGAGCAUGAAGUUCUUGGCUGUAGCGAUUGUAUGACCAUGGAUCAUAGAACAUGUAAACUUGACUAUAUACCUGACAAAUGUAAAGAUGUGGGAAACAGUCAGGAAUACAGAGAAACUAUGAAAACCCUUGAGAAGAAACUCAAUCAUCUAGAUUUUAUCAUGAAGAAAGCUACAGCUAAAGAAAAGGAGAUCGACAUUUGUCAUGAUAAGGUACUUCGAGAAAUUGUAAAGUUUCGAAAAGAAAUAAACGACCAUCUAGAUACGCUACAAAAGAAAAUAGAGACAUUCAGGAGCAAAAAGAUAUCCGAGGAUAAGCAGAAGAUCCAGACUGUCUUUUCCAGCUUAAGUAUAUCAUUGAAAGGUGAGGUACGUGCUGCACUCACGGACAAGGAUCUUGGUUUGCCCAGAGGAAUGCUGGUAUUAGAUGAUGGAUCGUUGCUGUUGUGUUCCAGUGCUAACAAAGUCAUUUAUAAAGUAUCAGGGAACUUGAAACAAAAACAGAAAAUUGCAGACAGUGUAGAGUCACCAUGCUGUAUCGGCUUCAAUAAAAACAGAAAUGAAGUCUUAUUGGGGUGCUCAAACUGUGAUGUACUGAAGAGGUUCCUUGUUUCACAUAACUGUUAG